CCCUCCCUCCCUCCCUCCCUCCCUCCCUCCCUCCCUCUCCUCCUAAAUCCCCGGCUCCUCCUGCGCCCGCCCCGGCUACGAUUGUUGACAAAAGACGCUGCUUUUUGGUCAGAGAGACGGAGCUCCGAGCCUCGGUAUCGGUGUGGCCGAGGUGAUUGGGUUUGUCGUGCGGUGGUCGGACCGCAGCGGGCCGGCGUGAAGUGGACGCCUCCCCUCCUCCUUCUGCUUCUCCUCCUCCUCCAGCUCGUUUUCCUGAAAACCACCAGCGACUGCUUAUUUACCGACUGAAGGAGCAGCCAAGAUGGGUCACACAGAUUGAGUGUAGAAGGGGAAAAAAGGAAGGAGGAGGAGGUGGUGGCGGAGGCAGCGGCCCCAGGCAGGUCUCCUCAGCCGGGAAUGGUGUGAGCUGACACGCGUAGUCAGUCUGGAUCUGACCGGGGACUCGUCCUUUCCCCGGAGCCUCCGCGGCUCCAAGCCGCGUACAGAGCCCUCCAAGAUGGGGAAGUGCGACGGCAGAUGCACGCUGCUGGUGAUCUGUUCACUACAGCUGGUUGCAGCCCUACAGAGGCAGGUGUUUGAUUUUCUGGGUUACCAGUGGGCUCCCAUUCUGGCCAACUUCCUGCACAUCAUGGCCGUCAUCCUGGGAAUGUUCGGCACCGUGCAGUUUCGCUUCAGAUACCUCAUCUUUUAUGCAGUAUGGCUGGUCCUGUGGGUGGGCUGGAACUCCUUCAUCAUCUGUUUCUACCUGGAGGUUGGCAGUCUGUCUCAGGACAGGGACUUCCUCAUGACAUUCAACACGUCUCUUCAUCGUUCAUGGUGGAUGGAGCACGGCCCUGGUUGCCUGGUAACACCGGUGCUGGACUCGCGCAUGGCCCCUGAUGACCACCAUGUCAUCACUGUCUCCGGGUGUCUCCUUGACUACCAGUACAUCGAGGUGUUGAGUUCGGCCAUUCAGAUCCUGUUGGCUCUCUUUGGCUUUGUGUACGCCUGCUACGUGAGCAAAGUCUUCCAGGAUGACGAGGACAGCUUUGAUUUUAUUGGUGGUUUUGACUCUUACGGCUACCAGCCUCCUCAGAAGUCCUCUCAUCUGCAACUGCAGCCUCUCUACACGGCUGGUUAAUUCUGGGUAGCGCCCUCUUCAGGCCAAACCCUGACGGCGUCACUGUGGAUGGAAAAGGGCAGUCGUGCCGAUUACACUCACUCUGUGUGUCACAGUUUACCUGAGCGAUGGACUUAACCCCACCCAGAGGGAGCGACGUCUGCGUGUGUGUGUGUGUGAGAGAGGAGAAAUAAAUACAGCCCUGAUUAGAAUGUACGGAGCUCAGGGACCAACCAGCAAGUGUAAGGAGGGGGGGAAGAGGAGGAGGAAUGGACCGUGAGGGGGGUGAAGAGAAGAAGAGCUGGAGGACACCUCUGUCAAAUCACCGAGGACACACUUCACUAAACUGCCAGCUCUCCACACUCCCUACAGUGUGUGUGCAGUGUGUCUGAGAAUGCAUGUGCGCGUGUGUGUAUAUGUGUGACUGUGUAAUUCCACAGGACUAGCUGAUGAUUUGUGGUUUCACCCUGGACUCAUACCACUCAGUGCCGUUGUGAAUUUAGAUUUUGUUUUCUGGGGGAAGGGAAGGGGACGGGUGUCUGUGUGGAUUUGAUUGAGUGUGAAUGUGUGUGUGUGCAUGCGUGUGUUUGUUUGUGUGUGAGAUGGGGGUGGGGUAGGAGGUAGAUGGGGGUCACAAUAUUAAAAAAGAGGCACAGCUCGUACCUGUUGUUGUUUUAGAAUGUGGUGAUGUCAAAUUAGAGCAGUCUUACGAUUCCUGUUCCCAAAGCCACCUGUGCUGUUCGGAGUUCACCUGACGGUACAUUACAAUCAUACUAUUAUGUUUACAGACAGACGCAGCCUACUCAUUUUACAUUGAGUUUCAAAACGCUGACUGCUCCAGUUGUGUCUGAAAACAACGGCAGCGUUAUCUGUAUUGAUUUCCUCGUUGGUUCUAAUCUCCUUUGCUGAUUCACAGCAUUUAUGACACAGUAAAUCCUAGAGAGAACAACACAAAGCACUGGUGUAGAACAAAGCAUGUACAACCUGCAGCUGGUCAUGGCUGUCUAUCUCUGUCUUCAGCCCCCGUUCAAUGCUGCAUGCUUUUUUUUCCCCCGGAUCUUUUUUUCCUUUGCAUCACAUAUGGGGUGAAACGGACAGAGAUGUAAACCCACAACGUUCCACUGGUGUCAACUGUCAUCCCACGAAAGGUCAAUGAUGUAUGUGAAGACAGACACGUUGUACGCAUCUAGAGAGAGGUGAGGUAGAAAAAGUCCACAGCUUGUCCUGUAUUUGAAGAUGACAGAGCACAGCUGCAGAACCAGGUACAACCCUGUGUGUCAGUGAUUUCCCUUUGACUCGUAUGAAGGACAAUAAAGGAAAGUCUUGAGAUUGCUGUGAUUAUACAAUGAUCAGCCCAAACGUCCAACAGAAGCACAUGCGUCUAUUCAGACGCUGUUGACUGGAGAUGCAGAUGGCUUUGGGUUCAGGUAUUAGUGUGUCUACGGGGGAGGGAGGGGAGAGGGGUACUGUGCAUGUAAAUAUCCAGCCAAUGAUUGUUUUUUGUUGGUACCAUUUAGAAAAAGGGGCGGGUGGUAUAUAUUAGCAGGUGGGUGGGUGGGCGUGGGUCAGGAGGGGGUACACGUAUCAAAGUUUUUCUUCAUACCUGUCUUUCUCUCCCUGUCUUUCCCAGUAUCUUCAUGCCUCUCUCUUUUAACCAGCGUGCAGCUAGUUCUCCUCAUAAUCGCGCUCGCUCACCACAUACACGACUGCAGCUGAUUAACUGAUCUCCACUGAAGCAUGGGUUUUAAAAAUGGAGAGUCAGCUCACGUUAGGCACAGUGACAUGGUCCGGGUGGGUUUUGUUACCUGCUGUGAGAAGCAGUGAAGAGGGAGGUGAGGGACAGGUAUGAAGUGAAGACCUUAAUGAGUGUAAGGUAACGUUUGAAAUAAUAAAAUUACACUUUCUACGUUAA